AUGGAUGCGACAUCCUCUUCUUUCGGGUGGCACAACGCCACGCCCCUGGCAACUAAUCCAGCCGUAUUAGUCGUGCUUGUACCAUUUCUGACCCUAGUCCUCUCCUACCUGGUGUCAUGGAUCACAUCGCCACUGCGCGGAUUCCCAGGACCAGCUCUAGCAUCUUGGACAAACCUGUGGCGUAUGCGGUACGCUUACGAUGGAUCCAUCCAUACCACUACUCACAGGAUGCACCAGAAGUAUGGGCCGGUCGUCCGCAUGGCCCCAAACUAUCUUGACCUCGAUUACGACACGUGUGCUUCUCUGAUCAGGACCUGUUUUGAUACCAAAGGGGUCUGGAGGAAGACCGAAUGGCACGCCGUCAGCGGCUUCAAGGUCGGGAAGGAGACCAGAUACAAUAUCUUCAGCGAAGUCCGCCCCGUAGAGCACAGCCUCAUGAAGAAGCCGGUGGCCAAAUACUGGACUACCAGCGCGGUCUCGCGGAUGGAACCACAUAUCGACAACGUCGUCGCAUUCUUCGCGAAGCAGCUCCAGGACCGUUUUGCAGACGGGGGCGAUGGGGCAAUGGGGAAAGCGUUCGACUUUGGAAAUUGGGCCAUGUUUUUUGCCUGGGACGCGGUAGCCAAGACAACGAUGAACAAGCGCAUCGGUUUCCUGGAUCACGGAUCUGACUUUGACGGGACGCUUGCCACGGCUGUAAAAGCCUCGAAGUACUUAGUCACGAUUGGCAUGUAUCCUGUGCUUGACAAAUUCCUCGAUAAAAACCCGGUGUAUCGCAUUGGACCACCGACCUACUCGAACAUCGCCGCGCUGGCAGUCAAGCUAUUGACCGAUAGGCUGACCGGCCAAGAUGGACAUGAUGUGGAGCAAGAUCUUGAUUUCAUGGAUCAUUACAUCGAAGCUAAGAAGCAGUACCCUGAUAUUGUGGAUGACACUAUGCUCAUAUCAUGCAACGCCGCAGCUCUUCGGACGAUCUUCUACCUCAGCCUCAAGAACCCUGGUGUGUGGGAAAAGCUAUCAGAAGCAAUUCUUGCAGCCCCGUUCGCUCAGCCCGGAAGCGUCCAGUUACCAGCACCCUACUCCCAAACCCGGGCAAUCCCCUACCUCGAGGCCGUCAUCCGCGAGGCCCUCCGUCUGUACCCGGGCAACCUGUUUCCCCAGGAGCGCGUCGUGCCGGCCGGGGGCCUCAAGCUCCCGGACGGGCGCUUCGUCCCCGAGGGCACGGCCCUUGGGUUCAACGCCUACGUGAUGCACCGGAACGAGGCGAUCUGGGGCCCCGAUGCCGAAGAGUUCCGCCCGGGGCGGUUUUUCCGGUCCGAGGACGAGCCCGAGGCCGCGUUCAACGACAGGAUGAGGCUGUACAACGACAGCGACCUGUCCUUUGGCGCGGGCAGUAGGAAAUGCAUCGGGAUGAAUCUCGCCAUGAUGGAGGUGUACAAGGCUGUGGCGACUCUGGUCGCUCUGUUCGACUUCGAACUCGCCACCCAGGACGAGUGGACCGUCAAGGCCGAGCUCUUUCCCAGGGCGAGGGGGAUUGUGUCGAUGUGA